AUGGCUUUGCGCACUGCGGCGGGGCUGCGCCGCAACCGAGCUUGGCCCGGUGGCUCCUCCCUGCCGCCCUGCGCGGAUUGGUGGCGGGCAGCAGCCAGGCUGCUGAUUGGGUGGCGAAGGAGCCAUUCGGCGCGGCUCUGGUGGGUUCGGCAGCCCCAGAGUGAUAAGUUCGGCUUCAGACACGCCUCAGCGCCAGCAGCGAGUCGGAGCUCUAUGGAGGUGGCGGCGGCUGCGGCGGCAGCUGCUGAGUUCUCGGUGAAGGUGAGUGGAGCCGCCGCCGCCGCCGCCGCCGCCGCCGCGGAGUGGAGCGCUCUAAAAUGGCCGCCGUCUCCUGGCCGCUUCUUUUCGAGUGGCACAAAAUGGCGGCCGCAGGCGGAGCCGGGCGGGGCGACCCUUUUUGGCGUUUUUUUCGCGCUUCGGUCACCUGGAAGUUCUUCGCCUUUGUUCUCCCUUCCCGUUAUUGACGGAGUAGAAGGAAACCGGCAGCCCGCGGCCGUCGUCGAGGCUGUCGGCGGCCGUCCCCUGCGGGGCCGGGGCCCGGGCCGAGGCGGGCCGAGGCGCGGGUGUGUUGGGACGGGGGCGAGCGUGGCGGGGCCGCGCGCCGCGGGGGGUGGGGCGCGGGCCGGCGGGGCCCCGGCGGUUGGCACGGGGCUGGCGGAGGCGCAGGAGUCCCGGAGCCCGGCCUUCGGCGGGAGGAGGUGUGUAUGUCCGGGGCCGGCGGGCAGCGGCACGCUGCUCUGCCUGGAGGCCGAGGGGUCUCCCGGCGGGCGCCACCCGGGAUGGGAGAGGGAAGGGAAGACGGAGACCGGGGUCCUUGUGUCAGCUGCGGAGGGGCGGCCGUCAGCCCCCGGGGGAUUUAUAGGGCGGGCGGGGGCCGGCUCGGAGGCGGCGGGGGACGGAGGCCGCCUUCCUGCCCGAGAACAAAGAGCCGGGCCGCGGGGGCGGUCUCCCUCCCUGCCCGCCCGCCGGCCGAGGCUGGCCCCGGCGGCUCGCGGGAGGCUGUCCGCGGCACUUCCCGAACUCAGCCUGCGCCGGCCGGACCCCCUGUCCGGCUCGCGUCCGCCGGGGCCCUCUGCGGAGCGGGUCAAGAAGGGACAGCGGGGAAAACCGCCCCGCGGUUUUUCAUUUCUCCCAUCCUCUUCCCUCCCCACCCCAUCCAUUAAUAUUAUUCUUUUGAAGAUUCUUCGUUGUCAAGCCGCCAAAGUGGAGAGUGCGAUCGCAGAAGGGGGUGCUUCUCGUUUCAGUGCUUCUUCGGGCGGAGGAGGAAGUAGGGGUGCACCUCAGCACUAUCCCAAGACUGCUGGCAACAGCGAGUUCCUGGGGAAAACCCCAGGGCAAAACGCUCAGAAAUGGAUUCCUGCACGAAGCACUAGACGAGAUGACAACUCCGCAGCAAACAACUCCGCAAAUGAAAAAGAACGACAUGAUGCAAUCUUCAGGAAAGUAAGAGGCAUACUAAAUAAGCUUACUCCUGAGAAGUUUGACAAGCUAUGCCUUGAGCUCCUCAAUGUGGGUGUAGAGUCAAAACUCAUCCUUAAAGGGGUCAUACUGCUGAUUGUGGACAAAGCCCUAGAAGAGCCAAAGUAUAGCUCACUGUAUGCUCAGCUAUGUCUGCGAUUGGCAGAAGAUGCACCAAACUUUGAUGGCCCAGCAGCAGAGGGUCAGCCAGGACAGAAGCAAAGCACAACAUUCAGACGCCUCCUAAUUUCCAAAUUACAAGAUGAAUUUGAAAACCGAACCAGAAAUGUUGAUGUCUAUGAUAAGCGUGAAAAUCCCCUCCUCCCCGAGGAGGAGGAACAGAGAGCCAUUGCUAAGAUCAAGAUGUUGGGGAAUAUCAAAUUCAUUGGAGAACUUGGAAAGCUUGAUCUUAUUCAUGAAUCUAUCCUUCAUAAGUGCAUCAAAACACUUUUGGAAAAGAAGAAGAGAGUCCAGCUCAAAGAUAUGGGAGAGGAUCUGGAGUGCCUCUGUCAGAUAAUGAGGACAGUGGGACCUAGGUUAGACCAUGAACGAGCCAAGUCCUUAAUGGAUCAGUACUUUGCCAGAAUGUGCUCCUUGAUGUUGAGUAAGGAAUUGCCAGCGAGGAUUCGUUUCCUGCUGCAGGAUACUGUAGAGUUGCGAGAACACCAUUGGGUUCCUCGCAAGGCUUUUCUUGACAAUGGACCAAAGACGAUCAAUCAAAUCCGUCAAGAUGCAGUGAAAGAUCUAGGAGUGUUUAUUCCUGCUCCUAUGGCUCAAGGGAUGAGAAGUGACUUCUUUCUGGAGGGACCGUUCAUGCCACCCAGGAUGAAAAUGGAUAGAGAUCCACUUGGAGGACUUGCUGAUAUGUUUGGACAAAUGCCAGGUAGCGGAAUUGGUACUGGUCCAGGAGUUAUCCAGGAUAGAUUUUCACCCACCAUGGGGCGUCAUCGUUCAAAUCAACUCUUCAAUGGCCAUGGGGGACACAUUAUGCCUCCCACACAAUCUCAGUUUGGAGAGAUGGGAGGCAAGUUUAUGAAAAGCCAGGGGCUAAGCCAGCUCUACCAUAACCAGAGUCAGGGACUCUUAUCCCAGCUGCAAGGACAGUCGAAGGAUAUGCCACCUCGGUUUUCUAAGAAAGGACAGCUUAAUGCAGAUGAGAUUAGCCUGAGGCCUGCUCAGUCGUUCCUAAUGAAUAAAAAUCAAGUGCCAAAGCUUCAGCCCCAGAUAACUAUGAUUCCUCCUAGUGCACAACCACCACGCACUCAAACACCACCUCUGGGUCAGACACCUCAGCUUGGUCUCAAAACUAAUCCACCACUUAUCCAGGAAAAGCCUGCCAAGACCAGUAAAAAGCCACCACCGUCAAAGGAAGAACUACUUAAACUAACAGAAACUGUUGUGACUGAAUAUCUGAAUAGUGGAAAUGCAAAUGAAGCUGUCAAUGGUGUAAGAGAAAUGAGAGCUCCUAAACACUUUCUUCCUGAGAUGUUAAGCAAAGUAAUCAUCCUGUCACUAGAUAGAAGUGAUGAAGAUAAAGAAAAAGCAAGUUCUUUGAUCAGUUUACUCAAACAGGAAGGGAUAGCCACAAGUGACAACUUCAUGCAGGCUUUCCUGAAUGUAUUGGACCAGUGCCCCAAACUGGAGGUUGACAUCCCCUUGGUGAAAUCAUAUUUAGCACAGUUUGCAGCUCGUGCCAUCAUUUCAGAGCUGGUGAGCAUUUCAGAACUAGCUCAACCACUGGAAAGUGGCACCCAUUUCCCUCUCUUCUUACUUUGUCUUCAGCAAUUAGCUAAAUUACAAGAUCGAGAAUGGUUAACAGAACUUUUUCAACAAAGCAAGGUCAAUAUGCAGAAAAUGCUCCCAGAAAUUGAUCAGAAUAAGGACCGCAUGUUGGAGAUUUUGGAAGGAAAGGGACUGAGUUUCUUAUUCCCACUCCUCAAAUUGGAGAAGGAACUGUUGAAGCAAAUAAAGUUGGAUCCAUCCCCUCAAACCAUAUAUAAAUGGAUUAAAGAUAACAUCUCUCCCAAACUUCAUGUAGAUAAAGGAUUUGUGAACAUCUUAAUGACUAGCUUCUUACAGUAUAUUUCUAGUGAAGUAAACCCACCCAGUGAUGAAACAGAUUCUUCCUCUGCUCCUUCCAAAGAACAAUUAGAGCAGGAAAAACAACUGCUUCUUUCUUUCAAGCCAGUAAUGCAGAAAUUCCUUCAUGAUCACGUGGAUCUACAAGUCAGUGCCCUCUAUGCUCUCCAGGUGCACUGCUACAACAGCAACUUCCCGAAAGGCAUGUUACUCCGCUUUUUUGUUCACUUUUAUGAUAUGGAAAUUAUUGAAGAAGAAGCUUUCUUGGCUUGGAAAGAAGAUAUAACUCAAGAGUUUCCUGGGAAAGGCAAGGCUUUGUUCCAGGUGAAUCAGUGGCUAACCUGGCUAGAAACUGCUGAAGAAGAAGAAUCAGAGGAAGAAGCUGACUAAAGAACCAGCCAAAGCCUUAAAUUGUGCAAAACAUACUGUUGCUAUGAUGUAACUGCAUUUGACCUAACCACUGCGAAAAUUCAUUCCGCUGUAAUGUUUUCACAAUAUUUAAAGCAGAAGCACGUCAGUUAGGAUUUCCUUCUGCAUAAGGUUUUUUUGUAGUGUAAUGUCUUAAUCAUAGUCUACCAUCAAAUAUUUUAGGAGUAUCUUUAAUGUUUAGAUAGUAUAUUAGCAGCAUGCAAUAAUUACAUCAUAAGUUCUCAAGCAGAGGCAGUCUAUUGCAAGGACCUUCUUUGCUGCCAGUUAUCAUAGGCUGUUUUAAGUUAGAAAACUGAAUAGCAACACUGAAUACUGUAGAAAUGCACUUUGCUCAGUAAUACUUGAGUUGUUGCAAUAUUUGAUUAUCCAUUUGGUUGUUACAGAAAAAUUCUUAACUGUAAUUGAUGGUUGUUGCCGUAAUAGUAUAUUGCCUGUAUUUCUACCUCUAGUAAUGGGCUUUAUGUGCUAGAUUUUAAUAUCCUUGAGCCUGGGCAAGUGCACAAGUCUUUUUAAAAGAAACAUGGUUUACUUGCACAAAACUGAUCAGUUUUGAGAGAUCGUUAAUGCCCUUGAAGUGGUUUUUGUGGGUGUGAAACAAAUGGUGAGAAUUUGAAUUGGUCCCUCUUAUUAUAGUAUUGAAAUUAAGUCUACUUAAUUUAUCAAGUCAUGUUCAUGCCCUGAUUUUAUAUACUUGUAUCUAUCAAUAAACAUUGUGAUACUUGA